AUGGAGGCACUUUGGUGGAGCCUUCUGGUGACGGUGGUGGCGGCAGCCCUCUGGCGAUGGAUGCGGCGCACGAAUACCGUGGUGGGCGACUUCAAGGGCAAGGUGGUGUGGAUCACCGGUGCCAGCUCCGGCCUUGGCGAAGCGCUUGCGCUCGAGUUGCAAGCUGCCGGCGCACGACUGAUCCUGAGCGCAAGAAGAGAGGACCAGCUUGAGCGCACACCGGCGGGCGAGGAGCCGUCCGUCCUGCCCCUCGACGUGGCAGAACUCGCAAGUCUCGAGGGCAAGGUCAAGGAUGCGACGGCUAUCCACGGACGAAUCGACGUACUGAUCAACAAUGCGGGCGUCAGCCUGGAGGUGGAUCAGCGGGUUAUGAACAUCAACUACUUCGGCACCAUCGCCUUGACGAAGGCGCUCGUCCCGGCCAUGACCAAACAGACUACCGGAGGGCACAUCGUGGUGAUCUCAAGCGUGCAAGGCAAGCUGGGGAUCCCGUUUCGAUCGGCCUACGCCGCGUCCAAGCAUGCGCUCCACGGCUUCUUCGAUUCGGCGCGAUUCGAGCUCGAGAAGCAGGGAAUCGCGGUAACCCUCGUGUGCCCGGGCUAUAUCAAAACCGAUUUGUCGCUGAACGCUCUGACCGGGAGUGGCACGAGCUACGGCAAGAUGGACGAGACGACAGCCAAGGGCUAUGAGCCUGCCUACGUCGCGCAACGAGUGAUGCAGGCGGUCAGCGAGAAAAGGGACGAGAUCAUGGUGGCCAAGCCUGACGCCACAGCGGGCGUGUUCCUCAAGGUGCUGUGCCCGUCCCUGCUCAAGACCAUCCUCCGCAAGAGGGCCGUCACCCAUUGA